AGAUUGUCAGCCGGCAAUAUGGCCGACCAGGCUAGAUUGUGAUGCAUUCUCUCAGUGUUGUAUUUCUCAGUGUUCUUUUUUCCGUGAAAUCUAAAGCAGCAUGUAUAAACAAAAUAAUCUACGUUUGUAAAGUAACGUAGGAAAAGGUGUGAUACUGUGCAUCGAUAAGAGCAAGUAUCGACGUAGACAAAACAAGAAGCAUGGUGCCCGAAGAUUGUAAUAGGGCAAAAACCCCCUUUUAAUCAAGUCCUUAUGUGAUGAGGCGAUCUCGAAGAGCACCCGUCGAUUGUCGAUAGUGAGACGAAUUCAGCGAAAGUGUCGGGGAAACAAGCGGACGAAAAAGUGAAAACUGACCCGUGAGGUUCCGAGGACGAUUUUUACUUAUUCGGUACGACAAGAGAAGGGGAAAGACUAGCCAACGGUUAUCAGCUGAUCGUCAUUCCUAAGCAACCUAUCAUGACGUGGGACGCGUUGGCCUUCUUCAUUCUUCGUAAUGACCCUGUCAGCAAAGAAGCUAUCUACUAUAACAGAGGACAUCUCAGUAAGUCAUUCAACACUGAACAAUGAGACCACAAAGCCAACAGAAUAAUUUAACUCCAGAAACCAUGGCGUCUAACGGAUAUCCCGCUGCCGAAACCACUGCCAAAGAAGCGAGGAAUCAUUCAUCCCCUUGUGAGUCAGUGAAUUCAAUGCCUUGGUUUGGAAUGGACAUAGGUGGUACAUUAUGUAAAUUAGUGUACUUUGAACCUAAAGAUAUAACGAGAGACGAGGCUGACGCAGAAGUUGAAACUUUGAAAAAUAUUCGCCGAUACCUUACUAAGAAUUCGGCAUACGGAAAAACCGGACAUCGCGAUACGCAUCUACAAAUGGGUGAUGUUUGCAUCAGGGGAAGGCGAGGUACGUUACAUUUUAUAAGGUUUCCUACGAGCGAAAUGGGCAAUUUCUUAGCAUUAGCAAAAUCGAAGGGCAUGGCGAAUCUUGUGACCACAGUUUGCGCCACUGGCGGUGGUGCCUUCAAGUUCGAGGAUAAUUUUAAGAAGGAAGUAAAUAUGAAUUUGGCAAAGUUCGACGAGUUAGAUAGUUUAAUACGCGGAAUGCUCUACAUUGAAACCACGAAUCCGCACGAAUGUUAUUAUUGGUCGAAUCCCACCGAUUACAGCAGAUGCCAGAAAGUACCUUACGACUUUUCCGAACCGUAUCCUUUCUUGCUUGUUAAUAUAGGCUCUGGAGUAAGCAUAUUAACAGUGUACGGACCAGAGGAUUACAAAAGAAUAUCCGGGACGAGUUUAGGUGGUGGAACGUUCUUAGGAUUAUGUUGCUUACUCACUGGAUGUAACACUUUUGAAGAAGCAAUAGAAUUGGCGACAGGCGGUGAUAAUACAAAAGUAGAUAAACUGGUUAAAGACAUAUAUGGCGGUGAUUAUGGUCCGUUUGGCCUUCCUGGUGACUUAGUUGCUAGCAGUUUUGGACAAAUGAACUCUAAAGAACGCAGGAAUGCGGUUACGAAGGAAGAUCUGGCUCGCGCAACACUUGUCACUAUUACAAAUAAUAUCGGUUCCAUCGCGCGCAUGUGUGCCGUUAACGAGAAAAUUGAGAGGGUCGUAUUUGUUGGGAAUUUUCUCAGGGUGAAUCCUAUAUCGAUGAAAUUAUUGGCCUACGCUAUGGAUUAUUGGUCUAAAGGAACCAUGAAGGCUCUGUUUUUGGAACAUGAAGGUUACUUCGGCGCUGUCGGAUGUCUAUUACAAUUUAACGGCGAAUCGAGCUAAACGCAAGGGGAAAACAUUGAGAAAUGGUCAUGCAACAUGUAGCAUUCCAUACAAUCAAACUUGUUCGUAGAAUAAAUUUGUAAAAGGAAUAUUACCGUUCGUGACAUAACUAUU